AAAAUUGCAUUCUAGCAUUCCUGCACUCAUAAUUUUGAUAACAAACAUGAAUACUCAGUCGAUUGUUUUGUAUUCCUAACUACACUCCUAACUUAUUUUCAAGUGAUUAGUUGAAUCGUUUCUGUAAAUAUGUGACAGUGGUGAAAAACAAAUUUAUAUUAAAGGAUAGGUUAAGAUAUUUUCCUUUAAUAUUACAUUCUGUUUGAAUAACGUGAGAAUAUAACAGACCAUCGAGAAAAAUGAGCAAGCUAUGGAAUUAUUUAAUAUUUCAAGGAUGGAUAUCGUACUUAAUGGCAGCUGGCUUACUUGUUUUCACAAGCGGCUUCCUACUUAAUCGCGUCUCCAGACCGGAACAUGCCGAAUGUAAAUAUUGCACCGAUUCUGGUGGCUGUAACAUCGAAAAUCUUCUUCAAAAUCCUGAAGAUGCAGCAGCUACCUGCCUGGAAAGAAAAGCACGCGUUGUGUUGCUAAUCGUUGAUGCUUUAAAGUAUGAUUUUGUACAUUGGUACAAUGACAAUAGCUCUGUCCCAACAUAUUAUCGUAAUAAACUGCCGAUAAUACACAAAUUGUUACAAUCAGAACCUACCAAAUCUCGUUUAUAUAAAUUCAUAGCGGAUCCCCCAACAACAACCAUGCAACGAUUAAAAGGUCUUACCACUGGAUCUCUGCCUACAUUUAUCGAUAUUGGAUCUAACUUUGCUUCCGAAAGCAUUGACGAAGAUAACAUUGUUAAUCAGAAUGCUGAUAGAGGUAUCAUAUUCAUGGGAGAUGAUACAUGGACGAAUUUAUUCCCUGGAAAAUUCAAACGUCAAUUUCCAUCACCAUCCUUUAAUAUUUGGGAUCUGGACAGCGUGGAUAAAGACGUUAGGUACCGUAUAUUCUUUGAACUAAAGAAGAAAGAUUGGUCUCUACUUGUAGCACAUGUUCUUGGAGUUGAUCAUUGUGGACAUAAGCAUGGUGCUAAUCAUCCUGAAAUGGCCAGAAAAUUAAAUGAUACUAAUACUCUAAUAAAAGAAAUCGUUGAAUCUUUGGAAGAAGAUACAAUACUUUUUGUUAUUGGUGACCAUGGAAUGACAGAGACUGGGGAUCACGGCGGUGAGAGUUUGAGUGAAAUUGAAGCUGCCAUGUUCGUUUAUUCUUUGGUUCCUCUACAAGAAUAUAAUUCAGUUCAAAGUACUGUGAAUCAAAUUGAUCUUGUCUCUACAUUGGCAUCGAUUCUUGGGACACCUAUACCUUUCUCCAACCUAGGAUCCGUAGUACUUGAUUCGCUACCAAGUUCUACAAGAAAAGGGAACUUGCAAGAUGACAUGUGGUACUCAUUGCAUUCAAUGUGGAGAAACGUUGCACAAACCAAAAAGUACAUAGAUGUAUAUUCUGCAGACAGUUAUUCGUUUUCUGAAGAACAAUUACAAAAUUUAGAAAUCAUGUAUAAUCAUUUAUUAGAACAGAUGAAACAUGUAAAUACCAUAGAGGAAUUUGAAUUAUUUAUUCAAAACAGCAAAAGUUACUUCAAGUUACUCAAAGAUACUUGCUCUGAAGUUUGGGUUCAAUUUGAUUCUAGUCUAAUGUUGAAGGGCCUACUUCUAAUGUUUUGUACCUUAUUCUUCUUUUACCUGUUUAUCACAGGUAUCCCAGAAAGUCGAAUGUCUCAAAUAUUUCAAACAUCGUAUUUACAAUGUUCUAUUUUAGUAAACUUAAUUACUGCACUGAUAAUCUUUUUCUUAUACUUUUUUGACAUUCUAAGUGAAUUUAAGAAUUCUGCAUUUUGUGCUACUGGUGUAGUAUCUAUAGCACUAUUAAUCGUAUUAAUUGCUAAGAAUUGGGAUGUGAUUUCAAUGAGUUGGUAUGAUUAUUGCAAGAUUAAAAAAUUGGUUUAUGUUACUAGAGUGAUCCUUAUUAUAACAGUGUGUUGUCUUUUUUCUAACAGUUAUAUUAUAGAAGAGGAUAAUGUAUUGUCCUUUUUACUCAUUACACUUGUCUGUCUACUUACAUUUAAUUUAAAGAAGGAAAGUUCCAAUGAAUGUACCGAACGGAAACCAAAGCCGUUCAUAAAAUCACAAUCAAAGUCAAAUUUAAAGAUUGUAAUAAUAGUCGUUGGUUUACUAGCAUGCAUUUCUAUAAGACUUUCCCACUAUUUCUGGCGUUGUCGGGAGGAGCAGCAACAACGUAUGUGUUCACUUUUUAUAACUGGUAAAUCAAAUUCCAUAACAUCCAACGGUUUAGAACGCGUGUUACUAGCUGUUACCUUGAUUGUACUUGCAUUGUAUGUCACAAUAGUAAGGCUGUGGUUACAGAAUUGUGGAAAUCUUACUGGUUUCUCUCCCAGUGUUUUAGUAGGCCAAUAUUGUCCUGUUGUAAUUGGUGUUUGCAUGGGUUGUUAUUGGGUCCUUCAAAGAUUACCAAAAUUUAUCAAAGUAAAGUUUGUAUUAUCUUGGCAAGUAAGUACACUGCCUAAUAUAGUGUACGCAUUGAGUUUAGUUGCAAUCUCUAUUCUGUACUAUCGUCCUCUCAGUAUAUUUUUAUUACCAAAGAAGAAAGAAUCGAUCAAUCUAUACAGUGAUGAGAAUAUAGUACCUCGAUUAUUUGAGAAGAUAAAGGAAUCAAUAUACCGUAAGAGGAUAGAUGCAGAUGAAACACCAGUUGUUUAUGGCUUAGGCACUGCCUACAGUGCUGCAUUUAUUUCACUGAGCGUAUUUCUUAUGCUAUUAUAUUCUUUAUUGUUAGGAGAUAUGCUAUCGCCUAGUACAUUUUUGAUGUUCAUAUCCUGUGGCUCUGUUUUGGGCUUAUCCGCAAUAGAAAGAUACAAAAAUGCUACUUCUAUAUCUGAACUGGUUGAAGUACCCACUUCUACCCUAGUAUGUUGGUUUUUGAUAGCUGACUAUUUCUUUUAUGGAACUGGACAUCAGCCAACUUUUCCAACUAUUCAUUGGGAUGCUGCUUUUGUUGGAACUGGUGGACAUUUCUAUGGUAGUUUAUUACCAGCAAUUUUAAUUGGAAUAAACACAUUUGGAUCGCAUAUUAUAUUAGGUGCAACAUUACCAUUAUUAGUGAUUGUACCAUUUACAUUGUAUCUGGUAUUUCCAAAAUUGGUGAAAGCAAAAUUUUCGGAAGAUGAUUUAAAAAGAGGAGAAUUGCUUCUUUUCGAACAAGACUCAGUAUUCCAUACAGCAAUUUUCUCAGUUGCAGGAAAAUAUGCACUGCUUCAUGGAAUUCGAACAUUUGGCAGCAUGCUUGCCGCAACGAUUCAUUGCCGGCAUUUAAUGGCUUGGAAGAUCUUCGCACCAAAGUUAAUAUUCGAGGGCUUAGGACUGUUAGUAACAUUAAGCAGUGUACUGGCAUCCUUUUAUAUGGUGUUCAGAAUCGAUCAACAAAUGGAACAUCUUAUAUCCAGAGUGACAAAAGGCAGAUGAUGUACAAUACAAUCGCUAGUAAAAUACCAAAUUUUGAGGAAAAAAGUAACUUUAAUAUUAGAACACACGCAGUGGCUCUUUACUCUUAACUUUAGAAAGAGAAACUUUUAUUUCAUAAAAAAAGCAUUAGACAUCCAAUGUUAAUACUUACCAACACUGCCAAAUUUUACAAAAUUUUAUAUAACUUUAUAUAAAAGACAAUUAUAAACGUAUCCAAUAUUAAAAUUAAGCUGAAAUUUUAAUCUCAGAAAAAUGAAAUAAUCUUCCUUUGUUUCUUCAAAGACCAAUUCAUGUAAUAAAUACUGGUGCUUCCUAACACACUAACGCUACCCUGCGUGCAAUGCAUUGCUAAUUGCAAAGAAACAAAGCAACGCACUUGAUGCAGGAUUGCGUCCAUGUGCGCUGGUGUCUGCUUGUCUGAUGUAUGUAUUAUUUUACCAUUUUAAGUUCGUUACUGUUAUAUGCGUCUCGCGCGCGCGCGCGAUAGUUAAUUUUAUAAAUUUCUUUCUCAUUACUUACACCUGGCAUUGUAUAUAAUAUGUAUUAUAAGUCUAAUUGAUAAUUGAAUAAAAGACAUUGUAUAUCUUCCAGGUA